AUGAGUCUGACAUUUAAACCACAAAAUGCCAAGGCUGCUGCAACAAAACGAAUCAUGAGAGAUCUGGCUGAAUUAGACAAAGUUCCUAUUGCAGGACUUGCUGUUGAUUGUCCAGAUGAAACUAAUCCAUUUAUUUUACAUUGUAACGUAUUGAUCAAUGACGGACCCUAUCGUGGCAUUAUGAUUCAUCUAAUACUUCGUAUUUCAGAAGAUUAUCCAUUGACGGGACCUGCAGGGAAUAUAGCACCGGGUUUAGAGUUUGAUCAGAGCUAUCAUGCUCACAUUCAUAAUGAUGGAAUAAAUGGACAUGCACUGUGUAAUGAUUUAUUGACAAAUUAUGCUGAACACUUUCGAAUGGUCGAUCAUAAUGGUGCUAAGCAGGCUAGUGGAUGGAGUCCAGGUUAUACAUUAUCAACAGCACUUCUCCAAAUUGUUACAUUUUUUGCAGAUCAUGAUAUGAUGCGUGAUCCAUCUGUCGAGCAAAUUACGCGUUUACAGAAUAUGGUUAAAAAAUUUAAAUGUACAACAUGUGAUCACACGUAUGAUAAACCAAAUCCUGUGAUAGUCGAUUAUAAUGAUGCAACAGUUAUUGAACCAAAAGAAACGAUAAUAUCAAUUGAAGAACAAGAACGAUUAAAAAAAGAGCGUGAACAUUUACAAUUUGAACGUGAAUUAUUAGAAAAAUUGACAUGUGGUAUAACAAAACAAAAUAUUAAAGACGAUAAUAUUUGUUUGGGUUAUCCGUUAUUAAUAAAACGCGAUAGCUACGGACGUUUAUGGCCAGAAAUUAUUUUAGAACUUAUUUCGUAUGAUGCCUAUGUAGCCGAAAUACAAAAAUCCGGAGAACAUAAAUUAGAUUAUUAUGAACAUUCCACAUUUCGUUCAGUUACAGGAAAAGAUUAUAAUUAUUGGUUACCAUUGUAUAUUAAUGAUGAUCAUUUUAGAAAAGGUCAAAUUUAUAUUCAAAAUGGUAUUAGCAUCAUCCAUAAUGGUACAGCUCUUGGCAGUAAACGUUAUGAUUUUGAACCACGAAUGGCAUUAAAAGUGUUGACAACAUUAAUGAAUAAAUCAAGCGUUCAAUUAUUUAAUGGACAAAUGUUCGAAUCAAAACAUGCAAUAGAAGCAUACUGUCAUUUUCUACGUUUAUUGAUGCAUUUUAUUGAUAUUUAUCCACAAUUAGAGGAUGAAAUAAAUAAAAAUAUUCAAUAUUUUACAAAACAUGUAAAUAAUCGUAAUAAAAAAGUAAUACCUGAUAUUGGUGAAUUUUUGAUACAAAUUGCCCUAUCAACAAAAUACAAAUUUGAUGAAAUUAAAAACUAUGUCUAUGAAGAAUAUUUUGCUAGACAAAUUUAUUGGAUUCAACGACAUAGUAAGGAAUUCUUAAAUUUAUCAGAUAUACAACCAGUAGAUUUGUCGUGUAUAUUUAAAUACACAAAAGUAUCAAACCAUCUAUUGAUGUUUAAUUUGGAUAUUGCUGAAACAUUCAUAUUUCCAGGUGUGAAACAACACUUAGAUCGAUCGUAUGGUUAUCCACCAAAUAUUGUUGUUGAAAAAUUUCAACGACGUUUGAAAGGCAUCAAAACAAUUGAUGAAUAUUGUGAUUUUAUUCAUGCCAUAAAACUAGAUAAUAUAAUCAAAUCUCCACAUGAUAUGUGUGAUUUUAUUAAACGUUCAGUUAAAAUAUCAAAUACACAAGGUUAUACGAACAUAUUGAGGGAUGCUGAAAAACACGAUCAACGAUUUGAUGAUCGACAAAGAAAUAAUCAACAACAAAAAAGGUAUCAUAAUGGAUCGACCAAACGCUAA